AAACCCAGGGCCUCACAUGUGCUAGAUGAGUGCUCUACCACUGAGCCACAAUCCCAGCCCUGAAAGUCAUUUUUUUAUACCUUUAUUUAUUUAUUUAUUUUUAUGUGGUGCUGAGGAUUGAAUCCAGUGCUUCACACAUGCAAGGCAGGCUUUCUACCACUGAGCUACAACCCUAGCCCUGAAAGUUAUUUAUUAAACAAAAUGUUUUAUGUUAAAUAAUGGGUUUACUGUUGUUUUAGAAUUAAUAAAUAUGGUUAAAAUUUCUCAGCUUUAAUUUUAGCUAUGGUAAUGUGUAAUGUAAUAUGUAAUGACAAAUUUUUUAACCCACAUAAACCAGAGAUCUUUGGAGAUCUGUUGCAUAUUUUUAAUUUUAGUUUUUAUUAUGGUAAGAUAUUCAUAACACAAUUUACAAUUUAACUACUUUUAGGUAUACAUAAAUAAAUUUACAAUGUUGUACAACAAUAUUUGCAGAAGUAGGUUUUGAGAAUGAGAAGAAAAUUCCAGAUGUUUCAUAUUAAUGGAAUUAUACAAUAUUUGCCUUUUGUGUCUCUAAUUUCACUUAGUUUGUUUUUAAAAUCCAUCUGUGUUGUAUCACAUAUCAAAAGUCCAUUCCUUAUUAGAGUUGAAUAAUAUUCCAUUAAAUGUAUAGGAUACAUUUUGUUUAUUCGUUUAUCUCUUCUUUACUCUUAGUUACAAUACAAGAGCAAUUUAAAUGUAUUGAUAACGUAAAUAGCAAAUAAUUAAGUAGUAAAUCAUGUGGUUUAGAAUCUACAUAUUUCACCAUAGAUUUUUUUAUAAUCCAGAGGAGAAAGUCAACCUGGUAUUUGAAAUCCUGAGUCAUUAUUUGAGGUUACCAUUAGUCAUUUAAUUCUUGUUUUCUCCAUGAUAUGGACAGUAUUGGCUUUAUCAAGAUUAAUUUCAUUGAAAGCGUAAAUUAGUUUAUUUGUUGUUGUUGUUUGGUGCUAAGGAAUGAAUCCAGGGAUGAGCCACGUCCAGACAAGGUCUCACUAAGUUGCUGAGAGGCUACCUUGAACUUGUGAUCCUCCUGUCUCAGUCUCCAGAGUAGCUGGGAUUACAGGCAUGUGCCAUCACACCUGGCAAGCUUUGUUGUUUUUUUUUUUUUAAACUGUUAACAAUUACCUACAUAUAAUAAUAUUAAAUUAUAAUUUAUGUUUUACUUUAUUGCUACUUCAGUCUGGCUGUCUAUAAUUUUACCUUAUUAUUUUUUAUUGAUCUAGAAUAGUGCUGAUGUAUAUAGUAAGUGCUUGAUAGAUAUUAAAUCAGUGAGUGUUCUCAGCUACACAGUUAUAAACACCCUUGUAGUAUUUUUGUAGAUCAUAUCAUUAAAGUCAUCCCUUAUUUAUAGAUUUUACUAGUUUUUUGUAAGACACUCUUAUUUUCAAGUUCUUAAAUUUUAUUUAACUUUCUUCCUCUAUUAUUAACAAAGAUUAGGCUUUGUUUUUGAAAGUUUUAACACUGAAAAUUUUUCAAUAUAAUCAUGCUAUUCUUUAACCUGUAGUAAGCUAUAGAGCCAAAAAUGUUAGUGGAGGCAGUUAUUUCCUGGCUUUGGGCUGUGAAUCAGAUAGUAACUAUUUCUUUGGUUUUGAAAUUGUGGUUUCUUGAGCUAACUUGAGUGAUGUAAAAGAUGAGUCUUGUUAGGCGUUUCUUCUUUUAAAAAUGUAUUUAGUGUUUUAUUAUAAACAGAUUUUCUCCAAGGAAACAUUUCUCUGCAGUCUUACCUCAUCACCCUUCGAAAUGAAAACCUUCCUAUAUGAACUGAUAACUUAGUUUAUUACGAAGCUGUAUGUUACUCACAUGUGUGAUGAAAAUAGCCUUGUGUUUUUAUUUUAUACACACACACACAUUUCUGCAUUUAAUAUUCCCAGAACUUUCAGAAGUAACUCGAUUCUGACUUAGUCUUGUGCUGAUUACAAGACAUUUUCCUUUAGGCUAUCCUCCACCCAUUUUGGGAGUUGUGAGUGUUUAUCCUCUUAUUGGUUAACUCUGGCCACUGAGUACAUGAGUAAAUGUCACAUGCAUGUGGUGUUGCCUGUCAGAGUGGAAUUCUAAGACUUCCUCUUUACAUAGAGCAGUUUAACUUUGUGCUUCUGACCAGCGGCAUGGUCUUGGGGACAGUUCUGCUUCCACCUAAUAGUUAUGGCAGAGAUCAGAACACAUCACUUUGCUGCCUGUGCAGUGAGGCCUCAGGAUCUGCUGUACGCAACUUGACAGAUCACUUUGCCAGCUGUGUGGAGGAUGGAUUUGAGGGAGACAAGACUGGAGGCAAUAGUCCAGAAGCUUUGCACCGCCCUUAUGGUUGUGAUGUUGAAUCCCAGGCACUGAACGAAGCUAUCAGGUGGAGUUCCAAGGAGAACUUGCUUGGAGCCACUGAGAGUGACCCUAAUCUCUUUGUUGCACUUUAUGAUUUUGUAGCGAGUGGUGAUAACACACUCAGCAUCACUAAAGGUGAAAAGCUACGAGUUCUUGGUUAUAACCAGAAUGGCGAGUGGAGUGAAGUUCGUUCUAAGAAUGGACAGGGUUGGGUGCCAAGCAACUAUAUCACCCCAGUAAAUAGCCUGGAAAAACAUUCCUGGUACCAUGGGCCUGUAUCACGCAGUGCAGCCGAGUAUCUACUCAGCAGUCUAAUCAAUGGCAGUUUCCUGGUGCGAGAAAGUGAGAGCAGCCCUGGGCAGCUGUCCAUCUCGCUCAGGUAUGAGGGGCGUGUGUAUCACUACAGGAUCAAUACCACCACAGAUGGCAAGGUGUAUGUGACUGCUGAGAGCCGCUUUAGCACUUUGGCAGAGCUUGUUCACCAUCAUUCCACAGUGGCUGAUGGGCUGGUGACAACAUUACACUACCCAGCACCCAAGUGUAAUAAGCCAACAGUCUAUGGUGUAUCCCCCAUCCAUGACAAAUGGGAAAUGGAACGAACAGAUAUUACCAUGAAGCACAAACUUGGGGGCGGUCAGUAUGGAGAGGUUUAUGUUGGUGUCUGGAAAAAAUAUAGCCUUACAGUUGCUGUGAAAACACUGAAGGAAGAUACCAUGGAGGUUGAAGAAUUCCUAAAAGAAGCUGCAGUGAUGAAGGAAAUCAAGCAUCCUAAUCUGGUGCAACUAUUAGGUGUGUGUACUUUGGAGCCACCAUUUUAUAUUGUGACUGAAUACAUGCCAUAUGGAAAUCUGCUUGAUUAUCUCAGAGAAUGCAACCGAGAGGAGGUGACUGCAGUUGUACUGCUUUACAUGGCCACUCAGAUCUCUUCUGCAAUGGAGUAUUUAGAGAAGAAGAAUUUUAUCCAUAGAGAUCUUGCAGCACGUAAUUGCCUAGUGGGAGAAAACCAUGUGGUAAAAGUGGCUGACUUUGGCUUAAGUAGACUGAUGACUGGAGAUACCUAUACUGCUCAUGCUGGAGCCAAAUUUCCUAUUAAGUGGACAGCACCAGAGAGUCUUGCCUACAAUACUUUCUCAAUUAAAUCAGAUGUCUGGGCUUUUGGGGUACUAUUAUGGGAAAUCGCUACAUAUGGAAUGUCACCAUACCCAGGUAUUGACCUGUCUCAGGUCUAUGAUCUACUGGAAAAAGGAUAUCGAAUGGAACAACCUGAGGGAUGCCCUCCUAAAGUUUAUGAACUUAUGAGGGCAUGCUGGAAAUGGAGCCCUGCUGACAGGCCCUCUUUUGCUGAAACACAUCAAGCUUUUGAAACCAUGUUCCAUGACUCUAGCAUUUCUGAAGAGGUAGCCGAGGAGCUUGGUAGAGCUGCCUCCUCCUCGUCGGUGGUUCCAUACCUGCCCCGAUUACCUAUACUUCCUUCCAAGAUGCGGACCCUGAAAAAACAGGCGGAGAACAAAGAGAACAUUGAAGGAGCACAAGAUGCCGCAGAAAAUCCUGCCUCCAGUUCAGCACCAGGGUUCAUUAGAAGUGCACAGGCCUCCAGUGGGUCCCCAGCACUGCCUCGGAAACAGAGAGACAAGUCACCCAGCAGCCUCUUGGAAGAUGCCAAAGAGACAUGCUUCACCAGGGAUAGGAAGGGAGGCUUCUUCAGUUCCUUCAUGAAAAAGAGAAAUGCUCCCACACCCCCUAAACGCAGCAGCUCUUUCCGAGAAAUGGAGAAUCAGCCCCACAAGAAAUAUGAACUCACGGGUAACUUCUCACCUGUUGCUUCUCUACAGCAUGCUGAUGGGUUCUCUUUCAAUCCUGCCCAGCAAGAGACGAACCUGGUGCCACCCAAGUGCUAUGGGGGGAGCUUUGCACAGAGGAACCUCUGUAAUGACGACGGUGGCGGGGGUGGGGGCAGUGGCGCUGCUGGGGGUGGGUGGUCUGGCAUCACAGGCUUCUUUACACCUCGCUUAAUCAAAAAGACACUGGGCUUACGAGCAGGUAAACCUACAGCCAGUGAUGACACUUCCAAGCCUUUUCCAAGGUCCAACUCUACAUCUUCCAUGUCCUCAGGGCUUCCAGAGCAGGAUAGGAUGGCAAUGACCCUUCCCAGGAACUGCCAGAGGUCCAAACUCCAGCUGGAAAGGACAGUGUCCGCCUCUUCUCAGCCAGAAGAGAAUGUGGACAGGGCCAAUGACACGCUUCCAAAAAAAUCAGAGGAAGGUGCUGCUCCAGCCAGGGAGAGACCAAAAGCCAAACUGUUGCCCAGAGGAGCCACAGCGCUUCCUCUGAGAGCCCCUUCUGGGGACCCAGCCAUGACCGAGAAGGACUCUCCAGGGGUGGGAGUGGCUGGAGUGGCAGCUGCACCCAAGGGCAAGGAGAGGAAUGGUGGGGCACGCCUUGGGACGGCUGGAGUCCCGGAGGACGGAGAGCAGCCAGGCUGGUCUUCUCCAGCCAAGGCUGCGGCCGUCCUUCCAACCACUCACAACCACAAAGUGCCAGUCCUCAUCUCGCCCACUCUCAAACACACUCCAGCCGACGUGCAGCUCAUUGGCACAGACUCUCAGGGGAAUAAAUUCAAGCUCUUAUCUGAGCAUCAGGUCCCAUCCUCUGCAGACAAGGAUCGCCCCCGACGGGUAAAACCAAAGUGUGCCCCACCUCCACCGCCGGUGAUGAGACUCCUGCAGCAUCCGUCCAUGUGCUCAGACCCUGCGGAAGAGCCAGCUGCCCUGACUGCAGGACAGUCCACGUCAGAAACACAGGAAGGAGGGAAAAAGGCAGCUCCAGGGGCCGUGCCCAUCAGUGGGAAAGCUGGGAGGCCGGUGAUGCCUCCACCCCAAGUGCCUCUGCCCACAUCUUCCAUUUCGCCCGCCAAGAUGGCCAAUGGCACAGCAGGUACUAAGGUGGCUCUGAGAAAAACCAAACAGGCAGCUGAGAAAAUCUCAGCAGACAAAAUCAGCAAAGAGGCCCUGCUGGAAUGUGCUGACCUACUGUCCAGUGCAAUCACGGAACCUGUGCCCAAUAGCCAGCUGGUCGACACUGGACACCAGCUGCUCGACUACUGCUCAGGCUACGUGGACUGCAUCCCCCAGACUCGCAACAAAUUCGCCUUCCGAGAGGCUGUGAGCAAACUGGAGCUCAGCCUGCAGGAGCUGCAGGUGUCCUCAGCAGCUGCUGGUGGGCCCGGGGCGAACCCUGUCCUUAAUAACUUACUGUCCUGUGUACAGGAAAUCAGUGACGUGGUGCAGAGGUAGCCACUGUUAGCCUGGUGGGAAGAUGCGUACACAUUUCUGGGGGAGAGGGAAAGGGACAUGUUUUCCUGUGUUCUUGUUUUCAAAAAAUGAAAGACUGAUACUUGAGUGUGUUUAUGUGAAGUACCUCAGAUCCCUGAGUUCUCACGUUUACAGGUUCAUCUCAAAAGUAAAACACAAACCACGUGAACAUAGGAGAGGUGAAUUAGGUAGGGGCAAGGCAGUGGUGGACCAGGUUGGAAACCGCACCGGAAGUUGGGGAACUUGGGUGUGACAGAAAUGCAGUCUGUCCCUACCUGGAACCCUGUGAGGUGCUGGACUGGACCACUGGUCAGCACCAAGGGUGACUGUGCUCCGGUUCACCUGGCAGCUUCGGUGGGAUAAGAGAAGGAAAGCUGGGCCUGUGCCAAGAGCAGGUUUGCUCCAGGCAGCUGGGAGCCCUGUUAGCUUUGCUUCCACAGGUCAUCGCUGCUGCAGUAAGAACUGCGGGUCAGGUUGCUAGAACACAGACCGGGAAACGUGGCCGCCUGCCUGCCCCUGUCUGCCUGCCUUUGGUGCAUUGGUGCAGGGGGGUAAAGAGUGCUGGGAGGUGUCGUCUGGGAGGUUGAAGCCUCCUCCUGAAAUGCUCCUUGAAAUGCUCCCAUCCCCCAGUCUGAUACAUUAUUCAUGGACCAGGACUGGCUGGCUGCUUGUUGGUGGCUGUCUGUCAACUGUAGGUGUAGAGGUCUCCUUAUUGGUUCUGCCCUGUCCCUUGCAGGGCAGGCUGUCUUCCUUUAUUUCUGGCAGCAUUCAGGGCAUUCACUCAUUGAUCUUGAAAGUAGGGGUCACUGCAGGUUCUCACAGGGGAAGCCUUUUCUGACAUAGUGCCCCUGCAUAUUGACACACUGGCCGAGGACUGCAUAUUUCUUUACCAACUAAAAUAUCAAGGAGGUGGUCCUUUCUUGAAACUGUACAGCCAAGCCUGUGACAGAGGAGAAGCUGGCUUGGUUGUAAUGACUGUUUCUCCCUCCCUCAUCACCUUCAGCCGAACCGGGUGGACAGUAGGGGAAGGCAUCCCCAGCACUGCACCCCCCCACUCCGCUUGAAUUACCCCAUUAUGCUUUUCUCUUCUCACGUAUCUGUCCCUGUCCUCCAUCGUUGUACUUGUGUAGUUCAUGUUGGGAAUAUUCUUUAUUUAUUUUACCAUUUCAUCUCUAUUUUAAGAGUGCAUAAUUGAAGGAGUAGGUCCUUUUCAGGGAGUACCAGUUAGAUCCUGGAAACCUAAUGACUUACCCUUAAAUAUGUUUUGUCCUUGAAAAAUAGGCGUUUCUCUUCCCUAUUCAAUAUAAUUAUGGAAAACUAUGGCAUAGAGUUGAGUCUAAUGGGUUAAAUAUUAUUAAUGUUCUUGGUAUCAGGUCUAAUUCCAGUUACUGCUUCAUUCUUUUUAGAAAGCUUUAUGAACCCUCCCUCCAUUCACACUCCCCAAAGAGAAUCCAGUACAAAGUAUUUUUAUUUUCUUCUCCCAAAGGAAUAUUAGCAUAGGAAGAUAGGAAUUCAACAUUGAGCAGAGAGUUUUCUUCCUGGCUGUCCAAUCGAUCCCCUGUCAGGCCUCAGCCCUGUCUCUUAAUCCCUUAAAUGAUGGUAACAGUGCAUGUUCUCAAGGGCGUUUUCAAAUAAAUGUAUAGCUAACCCUUUGAUAGCCUCCCUGGAAAGCUCUUUAAUGCAUUGUUAUGUUGAAUAGUUUUUCUUUCUUUGCAGAGUAGCAGAUGCUACUGAAUUUAGAACUGCUGAGCUUGUGUUAAUUAGGCUAGAAUACUGAGGAAGAAACUGUUUUCAUCAGAGUUUGGCAUUUUUUGACCAAGUUAGUUUUUUAUCACUGCUGCUCCAAAGGAGGCUCAGGUUAAGAGAAGGAUUCGCAGGGAGGAGACAGUACCAGGUAUGCUGGCAGGUGUUGAGUGAUCCGUGUCAGUAUGUGACCAGUAGCUGUAACAAAGGCAACUGGUGGUCCUGUUAAUAUCUUUGUAGUAAUUGGAAGAGAACUUGGAUUUAAAGUCACCUUUUUUCCUUACUGCUCCCCCUUAUCAAAUACCAUAAACUUGAACUUAUUUUAGUAGUUAGUCUUUUAAAGGUGGAGAAGAGAAAGCUGAAAUUUAGAAUAUUGUUAUGCUGCUUUUUAAGUUUAUCCCUGCCAUUGUGGAAUGCAAGUUAAGGGAUUAUAAUUGUUUUCAGGUUUUUUUUUUUUUUUUUUAAACAAAGGCUCUAUUUUUUCUUAAGAGUUCUGAAAAUAAGCCUUGCAGAAACACUACUGAGUGUAUUUCAGCUCCCUGGUUUUCUCACUGAAAAAUGAUCUUGAGGGUGGUGGGUGGGGGCUGCAUCUUACUCAGGGCAGCACCUAUUUCUGUCUUGCUUACAGUGGGUGCUCAAUAAAUCCGUACAUUGAAUUGAUUCUUCUCAGCACUGUCACAAGUAGCAUUAAUUAUCACAGCACACCCCAUCCACAUGAUGCUUGGACUCUGUGACGUCAGGGGUGAGGGCUCAGGGCUCAGGUUGAAGAGGCACUGUCAACUUGCUAUAAAAGUACAAGUUAGGUUUUUCCUUUUUACGCUUGUAAAGGACCAGUUUUAAAGAGAAAAAAAGAAUCAAAACUUUAUGUAAAUUAAAAGGUUUGAAUCCAAAGCAGAGAAAACUGCUUCUAGAGAUUAAAAAUGUCGUUUAAUUUAUCUAAUCUAAAAGCAGGUAGUAAGGGAAAAGGCCUUGUACAUUGUGUUGACGAGUGUCUGAAGUGGCUCUAUAGAUGCGCAACCUUUGGGUUGCCAUGGCGUGUUUUCCUUUCAUGUACAGGUAAUAUGAUUUGACCUUAAAUUUUCUACCUUAAAAUGCAAUAUUUUGUGUUGACUAUAUCAAUUGUGCAUUACAUAGAGUUUUCUCCUAAAAGGCUUUGUGUAAAGUUAACAUGUACAGUUUUUCUUACAGACUCCUAUCAUGACUUUCAGAGACACAGCCUUAAAAAUUUUGGCCCUGCUGGGGUGCAGUGGUGCACACCUAUAAUCCAAGCCACUUAAGAGGCUGAGACAUGAGGAUCAUAAAUUUGAGGCCAGCCUCAGCAACUUAGUGAGGCCCUCAGCAACUUGCAGCAUGUCUCAAAAAACAAAAGGGCUGGGGAUGUAGCUUAGUGGUAAAGUACCCCUGGACUAAGUACCCAGGCCAAAAAGAUGUGUUUUAUGUGUUCUUACAGUGAAUUGAACUUGAUACCAAGCUGUGAGCUCUGUUAUGCAAGAAUGUUUUUCUAGAUGACUUAUAUAUACAUAGAGGUCAUUAAAGCUGACACCGUUUCCCAGAUGCAUUUUAAGGUUUAAAAUAGAAAUUUUCUUACAAUUCAAUUGAAAGUUGGCAGUAAAAUAGUUCUUAGUUCAUAAAACAUGCUGCCUAUGCUAAGGCACAGCCCAUGUUUAUUUAACUAAAGUCAUAGAUCUUUUGCAUUUAAAAGAUGCAGUAUAGAUAGUGGUUUAGAGUUUGGGCUCAAAACCAGUGAAGAAGACAAGUCAUUUAACUUUGCUGAGCCUCAGUUUCCUCGUUGUAAAACAGGGAUGAUAUUAGUAACUACCUCAGGGUUGUUGUAAGGAUUAAAUGAGGUAAUGUUUAUAAAAUCCUUAGCUCAAGUGCCUAGCACACAUGGCACUCCAUAACUGUCAACUAGUAUUAUUAUUAACACCUAAUCCAGGAAUGUACAACAGAAUCGUUUAGGGUUUUUUUUUUUUUUUUUUUUUGGUUUUGUUUUGUUUUUUUAAAGAAAAACUGAUGAAUUAGUCCCAUUCCAGAUCAGAAUUCCCAGUGGGGUGAGAUCUCAGCCAGUGUGCUUUCAAAGAAUCUCACCAGGUAUUUGAGAUACCCAACACUAUCUGAAAACUGUCAAUGACCUUUUCUUCAUAGAUUAGGAGAUCAGAGGAGAGGAUGGUCAAGUCACUCUAGUAUUAUCUUAACAGUCAAUGACAGGGCCAAGGCUGAAUUCAGGUCUUCUGACUGCUGGUUGUGGCUCUUCACCACACCUGCUGCCUUGUGGGACAUGCGAAGAAAGUGGCUCAGAGAGACAAUCAGUGUGCAGGGCGCUGCACGCUCUCUAAAGCACAGGCUCACGGCACACUCUGACCCUCAGGGGCUUGACUGUUGAGAAAUGGCAGCUCUGGCAGAGCAGUGUUCAGGAGAACUCUGUGAUUUAAAAGAUUAUUUGGGGUCGUUCUUUUGGACUGAUCUCACCAACAGCCGUCUGCACUUUGUAGUAAAGGAAUAUCAACUUAAAAGUUGUUUUUUUUUUUUUUUUUAACUAGUCCUACAUUCCUUUUUCUUAAACGACUUUAUUGUUCAAUAUCACUUUAAUGACUGAGAUAAUGUAUAUGAAAGCACUUUGGAAAAGUAUCAAAUCUAAUAUAACUAUAAAGUUGUAUUAUGAAUGUCUGUGUAGAAGAGAAAACAUUUCACUAGUGCUGAUUGACCUAAACGCUUUUACCUGGGGGGACCUGAAACUGCAGGUAUAUGAAGAAUCACCUGUGUAAUUUAUACAUUUAUAAACAUGAAACUGCUACAAGAAUAUGUGCAGGUAUAGCACAUGGUUUGCUACAGUUAUAGUUCAGAGCUGAAUAAGUUCAGGAAAACUAGGGACCAACUUUAUGGUUUAAUUGUGCUCUUUAAAAAGUAAUGAAGUGUACUUGGCUUCAGAAUACGGAAGCUCUUCUGGGGACCUUGGCUCAAGAAGGAUGAGGCCUCUUAGUCUUGAAUAUUUGUCUACAACCUGCCCAGCCAUUGGUAUCCUAAAUGUGGUGGAGCAGACUCGUUAUCUGUUGGUGUUGACAGUGUCUUUUUUAACCUACGUCCUUUGUGGUUUUGUGGUGGGAGGAUGCAUGGGGCUGGAUGACCUUAGGGCCAGGGCAUUGGGUUAUUACUUCUAGGAUUUCCUACUAGUUGUGACAUUGACAUUUAUCAUCUUUGUUUUUAUCCCAGGAAGAGUAGAUGAACUUAAUUUACCUGUUAGAUUAUUAAAUACUGAAGAGUAAAUUGCAGUGGGGCUGCUGUGGGUUACAGCUGUGCUUCAUUCUGACCCCUCCCACCCCUUUCAAUUUUUGCUUGCAUUCACCUGUUCCACCUGGACUUGGGUCCAUCUUUGUGUCUCAAGCAUCUGUUAUGACCAGUCCUUCUUAAGUAGGUGGGUCUCUGGGUUUAAGUUUCCUUUCAGGGACCGAUAGACUCCCCAGGCUGUAUUUCUUAGCUUCCAUUAAGCCAGUAGCCCAGCUUCUUUGAAAAUGCCUGCUUCCAUUUGUGGGCAAGCGAGAGAUCUAGGGAAAGGCAGCUCCAAGGGCACUCGUACCUUCCAUGUGACAACCUGGGGAAACUGCUGGCUACAACCUCACCGGAAAGGCCAGGUCUUGGGCUGGUUCUAAAACUUCUGUUCUUAACAGGAUAUCUACAUCUUUUGUAUAGAGUUCCAGUUUUCUAACUUCCAGACUUUUCAAAGUCCAAUAAUUCAAGGCCAGCUUUUUGGGGGUUGGAUGCCAGUCAGCAGUGCCUGGAGUAAUGGUGACUGUUACUGCCAUGUUAAGCACAACCUCACUGCCAUCCCUGCCCUCCUCUUAGAAAGCAUGGGCAAGUUUCAGGGCUAGGGACUGGACCUGAGUGUGGGCAAGAUGGUAUUUCCUUUGUUUCUGACUCAUCCUAGAUGUAUAGGCCAGGAAAUUAGGAAGCUCUACCCUUGUAAUUGGGAUAAAAGAAGAUCCAGUGCUUCUCCUUGAGUAAGGAGGCCUACAGCAGGCAUCUGGAUUCUAAGCUGACUUGGAGCAGCAAGAGGCCACCCGUAAAGAUUUGUACCUUCAAAGAUUGGUUUAUGAUUUUUGCAGUAGAAAAGGUUUGUCUGCUCGGUUGCCGUCAUGAUUGAGCUAGGUCUGGGAGAAAUGGGCUUCAGUGGAGCUCAAAGCCUCAGGCGGGGAGACACCACCACUGAGGGCUUUCCUCACAGCCAGCCCUGAUGGGAAGGAAUGCUGCAGGUUUCUCUGUCCCUGAGUGAGCCGAGGGAGGGGAGCUCUUCCUGGACCCUGCCCCACCUCCAGAUGCAGGCACUUCUCUCCUCCUAUGUACAGCUAUGGAUUUGAAAUUGUUUACCUCUCCUAGGAAAAUGUCUUUUCACCUCCCCAUUACUAAUCAAACUGAACACGGUAGCAAAGCCCUUUCAACUGGGACAGAGUGGACAGAUGGCAUGUUGAGUGGGUCUUCAAACCUGCAGACCAUAUAAGGGAAUUAGUAUACAGGGGACAUAGUCUUUAAGUUGAAAGGCUAGGCACAGUCUUGUCCCCAGACUAGACCACGUUUAGGGCAGAAUUGUGAUACCUGAACUCUGCAUUUUCUGGGAGAUUCUUUUUUCACCAUUGCAAGAGCAAAUUUCAAGGUCGUAUAAGUCUCUGCAAGUGACUGAGCUGUGCACACAGAGCUUGAGGUCUCCGAACGUACUACUUAACCCUUUAAGGAGCUGGUAAAGGCAAACUGUCACAUGCCAACAAGCGUUAUAAAGGAAAUGCAGGAGUUCUUUGGUUGGAACUGGGUUAGGUUUGCUUCCGAACCUCAGAAUAGGAGGUUUAAAUCAUGUUUAGGUACCAUAAAAUUUAGUUGGAGAAGGGGACUUGUGCUUAAUAAUUUUUUUCCACAUAUGGGUACCUAAUUUUCAGUGAUUAUUAUACAACAAAAAUAAGUAAGCCAAAUAAAUUUAAUCUUGUUUAGAAAUUGAACGCAUGAUGCUCAGUGCUUUAGGGUCCUUGGUAAUGAACUCCAGGUACUGCUCUGUCGUUUUUAAGUCCCACACAAUGUAUUGUGCGUGGCAAGAAUGCCGAGAGAGAGAGAGAGAGAGAGAGAGACAGAGACAGAGACACACACACACAGACACACACACUCCUGAUAGAUGAGGGCUCCCUAAACCAGCUUUCUUCAUUUAGACAGCCAGUUUUCAUUGUGGCCACUUGGACUCCAUUAUGAGAAGAGGUUUCUGAGAUCUUGAGAAAUCACCUUGAUCAGGCUGACUGUCUUCCAGGGAAUUAGUAUACAGAAUUAGAACAAUGAGGCACUUACCUUGUAGUUCCCUAAGGAACUGUGUUUGAAAACCCUCCCCUCUCAGACCUGUGCACACAUUUAUGUCAGUCUGUUGUGCGCCCUCCCUGAGAAGCAGGGGUGUAAGUGCAAGGGGAAUGAGUCACAUCUUGCCUUGUGCACAGGGGCAGUGGCGGGGUUGGUGUGUUGGCCACAGGCAGGCUGGCUGAGCCACUGAUGCAGACACAGCCCGUCUCCCUCAUAGACCCUGCAUUUUUCCUUCUUUGCUUUCUGAUUUUAUAAAGACAUCAGUGGAGAAACCCCAGUUUUGUGCUUGCUUGAUUAAAAAAAAAGUUUGGACAUUUCAUGGUUGUUGACAGAACUUUGUCCUGAAACAUGCUAAUUCAGAAAAAGUGUUCAAUGUUUAUACCAAAGGUUACGCUCUGCAGGUGUGUGGUGCACAGAGAGUGCUAUGUGUUGCUACGGGGACACAGUGCACAGUGAGACAGUAUGGGAUUAAACUGAAAACACGUCAAUCAUGGGUCACCUACCAGUGUUGUCAGGUAUUUGUUCUUUAUUGUUAUUGUAAUAUAUUUUCAAUUGUUUUUCUAAUUUAAUUCUCACUCUGUUGUCUGACUGUGAACUGCUAACAGUGUUAAACUUGAUGUAAAUAAAUAAUGCCCUUGAAAGGGACUGCUUUCUGCCUGUCGUCUCACAAGGUUUGCAAGUUGUGUUUUGUUUUAAAUAAAGGUUGCAAUAUUUUAUUGACAAAGUGAA